CUAUGUUAAGCUUCAUAUGCCCCUUUUCUGGAGAAAAGUAUUGAGUUUUGAGGGGCCAAAAUAUGGACACAAGAACAUGGCUUUGAUGUUAUAGAAAAACCACAAAUUGUACUUGUUUGUUUUACUCUCUGUCUAUCACAUUUGGACUAUUUGCUUGUUUUGAGUAUGUUCAUGGCUGAUGUUAAUGCCUGUAAACGUGCUACUUUGAGUGAGAGCUCCAUUGGUUCUGGUGAGAGGCGAGAUAAGAACUCAGAAGGCGGGGUUGUUCGAGCAGCACAUAAAAGGCAAGGGAAAAAGCUUUCUAUAUAUUCAUCGGCCCAAGAAUUGAGGGCACUGGAUGCAAAAAACGAGAAAAAAGAUGGAUCUUCUCCUACAGGAGUUAUAGAGGCCAGUUUAGAAUUAGGCUUGGAAUCCGAUAUAACUUCUCCUGAUGGCAGCCCCAAGGCAGAACUUCGUUGUACACAUUCAGCAGCACUUUCAAACUGGAGGAAAAUCUUCAAAUUACUCAAAAGAAAACCGGACAAGCGCUUCAGCAUAUCGAGAAAGAACAGGAGCACAAAGGAGAGCCCUAUGCUGAGAGAGUUAUACAGCUUCAAAUCUUCUUUAGAGAACUUCAGCAUAUCUCAGCUCCGAGUUGCAACGGCCAACUUUAACCGAGAGAACAUAAUCGGAAGGGGUGGUUAUGCUGAAGUCUUCAAGGGUCGGUUGAAGAAUGGAAAUCUCAUAGCAAUAAAGCGGUUGACAAGCGGGAACCCAGAUGAGAGGACAGCAGCUUUCCUAUCAGAGCUUGGCAUUAUAGCCCAUGUAAACCAUCCAAACACCGCCAAGUUGAUUGGAUGUUGCAUUGAAGGAGGAAUGCACCUUGUCUUUCAUUUAUCUCCGUUGGGAAGUUUGGCAUCAGCUCUACACGAUUCAAAAGUUAAACUAGAUUGGAGUAAAAGAUAUAAGAUUGUUUUGGGUACAGCAGAUGGCCUCACAUAUCUUCAUGAGACUUGUGAAAGGCGGAUUAUACAUAGAGAUAUCAAGGCUGAUAAUAUUCUUCUUACAGAGAACUUUGAGCCUCAGAUUUGCGAUUUCGGCCUUGCCAAGUGGCUACCUAGACAGUGGACACACUACAACGUGUCGAAGUUUGAAGGCACAUUCGGCUACUUUGCACCCGAAUACUCCAUGCAUGGCAUAGUCGACGAGAAAACUGAUGUCUAUGCAUUUGGAGUUCUGCUUUUGGAGCUCAUAACAGGAAGGAAAGCUAUAGAUGAUCAACAGCAAAGCGUUGUGAUAUGGGCAAAGCCUCUUCUUGAUGAGAAUGAUGUUAAAGAGCUCGUAGAUCCUUCCCUUGGUGACAAUUACGAUGCAGAGGAGGUUGAUCGCAUGGUUCUGACUGCCUCUUUGUGCAUCGAGCAGUCUCCUAUUCUUCGUCCCCAAAUGAGUCAGGUGGUGAUACUGCUGAGGGGAGAUGAAUAUGCAGCAGAAUGUAGUAAAGAAUCACAAAACCAAUCCCAUCACCAUCAUAGAACAUACUCGAACGAGCUCCGUAAGGCUCAACCGAACAACAUCGAUCGACUCCGGGAGAUUGCUUUAGGCUCGUAAAAAGCCGGUUAUAACUUUGUUUUGCUUUGCUGCAAAUCUGAUGGAGAACUAGAAAAAAAAAGGACAAUUGGAUGCUGUGUUUCAUGGCAUUUGGAAGCAUGGGUUGUUCCAAAUUUCAUGUGAAAACAGUUAAUCAAAAGAACCAAAUUAUGCGUUGCUUUGGAGUUU